GGAAAUUUCAAGAUCGUCCGUGAGCAGGAGUUGCCCAGGAUUCUACUGCCACUUCACUUGCAGCAAUGGAAGCUGUUAACACUGAAGCUGGACAUCCCACUGCUGUUAAGAACUAUGGGAAAAAGACUUGAGUGGGAAAAGGAUCUCUAAGUAGGGUAUUUAUAUCAGACAUGCCACUCUGAAGAGAGGGCUGUACUGAAUAUCUGGUACAAUGGCAAUGCAGGUGCAAUAUGAAGCAAAUGCAGAUACAUCUGCAGAAGAGGAGAGCUUUGGGCCACAGCUCAUAUCUAGGUUAGAGCAAUGUGGUAUAAAUGCAAAUGACGUGAAGAAGUUAGAAGAAGCUGGGUUUCACACAGUUGAAGCUGUUGCUUACGCACCAAAGAAGGAGUUACUAAAUAUUAAAGGCAUCAGUGAAGCCAAAGCUGACAAAAUCCUGGCUGAAGCAGCUAAACUGGUUCCGAUGGGUUUUACCACAGCAACGGAAUUCCAUCAGCGGAGGUCAGAGAUCAUCCAGAUCACCACUGGGUCCAAAGAACUUGAUAAACUACUUCAAGGAGGAAUAGAAACUGGGUCCAUAACAGAGUUAUUUGGGGAGUUUCGAACUGGAAAGACGCAGUUGUGUCAUACCCUGGCAGUAACCUGUCAACUUCCCAUUGAUCGAGGUGGUGGUGAAGGAAAAGCUAUGUACAUUGACACAGAAGGCACUUUCCGACCAGAACGUCUUCUUGCUGUGGCUGAAAGGUAUGGCUUGUCUGGCAGUGAUGUCCUUGAUAAUGUGGCAUAUGCUCGAGGUUUUAACACAGAUCAUCAGACCCAGCUCCUGUAUCAAGCGUCUGCGAUGAUGGCUGAAUCACGUUAUGCACUGCUGAUAGUGGACAGUGCCACAGCCCUUUACCGAACAGAUUACUCUGGAAGAGGUGAGCUGUCAGCUAGACAGAUGCAUCUGGCCAGAUUUCUGCGUAUGCUUCUUCGACUUGCAGAUGAGUUUGGUGUAGCAGUUGUGAUCACUAACCAAGUAGUUGCACAAGUAGAUGGAGCUGCCAUGUUUGCUGCAGAUCCCAAAAAACCUAUUGGAGGAAAUAUCAUAGCACAUGCUUCCACCACCAGACUGUAUCUGCGAAAAGGCCGAGGUGAAACCAGAAUAUGUAAGAUUUAUGACUCUCCUUGUCUUCCUGAGGCUGAAGCAAUGUUUGCUAUAAAUGCUGAUGGAGUGGGAGAUGCUAAAGACUGAAGACUCCUUCCUAUUUCUCAUGUAAUCUGAGACUAGUGGCUGUAAAAGGCUUCUUUCUUUGUGGCACCUUACAGAUGCUUUCCCACUGCAGCUGCUGUUCAAAAGCUGACGGAGGAAUCUGUUCAUUUCAACAUUCAUGUGCAUCAAGUGAAUACAUUUUGAGAGGCAUCUGAAGGUGUGGUUGGAAGAGAUUUUCCCUCUUUGGCUUUAGUCACAUGUUAGAUUAAUGUGGUUUCUUGAGAAAAUUUUUGGAGGACCGUAGUCUUUGUAUUUUUCCUUACAGCUGUUGCUACAGUUGGAUUCUACCCAUGGACAUAGUGCAGUAGGAUGAUAAUAUGUGGCCAUAGUUUAUAACUUGGUGAAUUUGAAGCAAGGUUGAUGGGUUUGUCAAAUAUGAGAAGUGAUGACUUAAAUACUUAAUGGAUUUCUUUAAUGAUUCAUUAGAAAAUAAAGCAGAAUGGUACUCCACAAUAAGGAUUUGAAAAUAUUGUGGGGAUUGAUGAUAGUCACAAUCCAUAUUUUUUUUAUUUUAAUUUUGUUUUGGGUGCUGUAGCAUUGUCUUUUUGGGGGGGGAACUGUUGAUUUACAUGUGAGUUGCAUUUUUGGUAUCUCAUCAAUUCUCUGUGGAAAUCUUCUCUUAAUAAAAGGACUAUGAGAAGCAUUGAUGACAGUACAGGUUCCUGGGAUUCAGCCAGGUGUUAAUUCAGACUAAGGCAUUUUGAUCUGCAAGUAGGUAGAAGACCCAUAAAUCUUCGUAGGUGGCCUCUGAAUUUCAAACUGGAAUAUUUUUUUUUUCUAGGCUAAUCUUCACAGUCACACUUACAAAAUGCAUUUCCUCCUCAGUUUGAGAUGUGCAUUACAGCUGUGUUGGAAGUGCCCUGUAGAUGUCUUUUAGGAGUUUUUUGAGGUGAGGUCUUAACAGUGUAAAAGUUCUUUAUAUUAUACUAUAUUUUUAUAUAAGCUGUUUUAUUGUGAGCUACUCUAAAUUUAGAUUAAAGAUGAUAGUAUUGUAGUAGGGGUUGGCAGUAAAAAAUGUUUUCUUUGCCAGCACUCUUCUUCUGGGACAAAUAGUGAAGAAUAUGACAGUGGAGCUCAACUGUGGCUUAUGGGCUAGCAGACAUAAGCUAAAUUUAUUCAGGUAUCUAAAUACUCUACUGACUACUAAAUCUCAUGAGAUGCUAGAUUGUCUACUGUUUAAUUCAUAGCUAAAUGCCUUUGUUCUUAAAUUCUGCAUAGUCAGUGAAGUGUCUGUUCAGAAGAUGUACACAAAGGGCUGCGUUGGCCAUUGCUGUCAGCAUUGUCUGCAGCCAAGUUUCAAGAACCAAAACUCAUGCUAAAAUGUUAACUGGGGGAUUAAAUUGGCAUUAAACUCCAUCAUUGAGGAACUGAGAAGUUCAAUGCUUUUCAUGAUAGAGAUUCAGCACUUGCUUGCUACUCACAUUUGUCCUACAUGCAGGUGAAGCUGAUUGUACCGCCUGUGCUUGCUGCUGUCUAGAUCCUGCCAUUGUCUAAAGUAUGCUAGAUGUUAAUUAUUCUGGCUGAAACCUGACAUGGCUGGUAUAUGUAAUAGGCCCAUACUUCUUGCGGGGGGAGGGGAAUGGCAAAGACUUUCGGCUGUCUUCAGAAGUGAGGCUAGAGUAAAGGGAAAUGUUAUGCCCUCUGCCAAAGAAUGUCCAAGCCAUUUCUCUUUUGAGAAUUUCUAGUCUUUCUGGAUUUGGAAGUCACAACCUGAAGUAUGGCAGGAGCUCGUCUCUGACAUCAGUGAAAUGUCUCUAGCUAUCCAUGCAGAAAUUUGCUUACAGGUGAACAAGUUAUAGACCUUACAGUCAGUUCUGGUAUGCCCAGAGACUUGUUAGACGUUUGCAGUUUUCCUUUUUUUGUGUUGGGUAUGCUCUGCUCAGGACCCAGUUUAAGCAUCAGACUGUAAUGGCAGCUGUCAUUCUGUACCAGUGAAAAAGAGCGAUUGUGUUGUUCCCAAUAGCUUGCUUGAUUCAGAUGCAUAAGGGGAAAAAUCACUGGACCUACAGAGGGAUGUUUCUUCUAGAAUUUUUGUUCUAGAGAAAACUAGGACUGGCUGGGAAAACAGGAUGAGUAGUAGGAGUGAGCAAGUCAGGAGAGGAAAAACAGGUCAACAAGUGUGAAGAUGGGGACAUGGGACUCUGGGCAGAGGGACUGUAAAAAGGAGCAGGAAAUAAGGUAACACUGAGAUGGGGUAACGGAACAGGUUGAGAACUAGUCUGCUCAGAUGUAGAACUAAGGAAAGGCAACUGAGGCUACUCAGCUUGUAUCCAGUGAGAUCCAAACUCCUCAGUGUGCCCCUGUAUGAUUUUGUUUUUUAAGUAUAACUGUGUAAUACACUUGUAGUUGCUCCUAAUAUAAACUAGAACAUUAAUCUAGAUUUUACCAUAUUCCAAACUGCCUACAAACAUAGGGUUUAAGUAAUCUGAGUAUGACCUUUUAAUAUGCUUACAAAUUUUGGGAGGAGCCAAAGGUUGAAAGAAGCACUCAGUACUAUCUUUUAGUUUAACGGAAUAUUGGGUUAGCACACCGAAUUCUGGAUGCUGCCAGGCAGUACAGUCAUUCCAAUUUGGAGAACACUGUACUACCUAUUGAAAUGUGCUUCUGACUGUUCACUUCUCUUAGGUUUUACAAAUCUGAUCAGCUAUUUAAUAUGAAGGCUUAAAAGUACAUAGCUUGCAGCUUUGGUAUGAUUUCCAGCAAUCAACUGUGUUUUCUUAAAAAUCUACUUUGUAAACAGAAAAUCAUUUGGUGGUAUUUAGGGAUAAAAUCCAUCCUUUUGGAGGGGGCUGGGGGUGGGGAACAACUUGGUUUUUUGACUUUCAGUGUAGCAGAAAGCUAUAAUGUCAUAUUUGGUUUCUGCUCUGUUGCUUCCCUUCAGUGUAUUUUUGAAGGGGAAGUUUCGACACGUCUGUAUCAUAGUCCUCCACUGUUUGUAUCUCUUUGUAUGCUAAUACUGUAUGUUCAAUCUAAUAGAACAAUUAUUUUACUCAUUUCCAUAGUCUGUCUAGGGCUUUGAACAACUAAAAUUACUUCUGAAGUUCUUCUCUCUAUUCAUAUAAUGCUCUGCAUACAAACGGAUUUUUCUAAUAGCCUGCACUACUUCUCUUAGCUAGCUGAAAGAUUUGUAACUUUGUGAUUGAGGAAGCAAAGAGGAAGAGAAUAGGAAAUAUUUGUUCCUAUUCUCUAAGCUCCUAUAUAGCCUAUGCUCUGAAUUCCAUGGGAUUUUUGGGUUUUUAUUUUUCUUUCUUGAACUCAAGAUCUUUUCUCCAAGUUAGCCUAUGACAUCCCUGUAGCAGCUGCAAAGACAAAUCUCUCCAUAGGGGGGUUUAAGUUGCUUAUGACACAGUGCUGUGAAACAUUUAUUAAAGUAAGGUUAUUGUCAACAUCACUUUGACCUCAAGGAGGCACAACUAGUAUUUUUUCAGUAAACAUUUUUCCUGUUAUCUCUCUGUUUUUCUCUUGAUGUUUCCAAAAAAUCCAAAAGUUAAUUUCAAGGCAGUAGAGUAUCAUUAAAAAUAAUAUUCAUUUAUAAAUUCUUGAAAGUGCUUGUGUGUGUGUGUGCGUGCCUGCCUGCAAUAGGCUGGCUCACGCUCAUCUAGCCAGUUUUUUUCUAAGAGUGAACUGGUGUCUAGAUGUGAAGACCAAUUUAUUUCUGAAUUGAAAUAGCUUGAAUAUAUAGAAAUGUGUGCAUAAUUCUGUACUAGUAAUGAUCUUAUUAGAACAUGAUAGAGAGAUGGAGAGUGGUUUGAAUAAUUAAAACUACAGAGAUGCAGUCUG